UCCACGUACCAGUGUACGUAGAUACUUAGUUAAUCAGAAAUAUGUACCCACACUUGUACAUUAAGCCUACCUACCUACAUCGCAACGCUUGUAAGUACAUAAUGAAGUGAAAAAUUAAGUUACCAGUAUCGCGAGUUGUGAAUAAUUUCGGAUAAAAUCAGCUCAGAACAAACGAUGGUCUUACAAAUCAAUUAUAGAUAACUACCUACGUGGGUUGCAAAUUUGGGAUUAAAGUCAAGUGUUGACACAUAUUUCGCUUUAUAAUGCAUCUUUCAUCAAUGAACAGACUAUAUCCAACGGAGCCCCACAUCAAUUCGUAGUUCCCUUCUCAAGAAAGAACCUCUCCUGGUCCUCUAAACAACGUUGGUUGUCUUGAAUAAAGCCAUACCUACAGUUGAGACUUCUAUCAUGGUCCAAUAAAGGAACUAUCAACCUACCUAAAUGCACAAAAACGCCAAAAAUUUUAUUGGAGCAUGAAGAUCUUAAAUACAAGUCAAUUAUUAAUCAAGAAAGACUCAAGUACACUUUUUACAAAAUGAAUUCCAGACUGAUGAACAUACAACACUUACAAGCAUAAAGCAGUCGGUUUCAGGCAAGUAUUUAACCACUUUUUGAAAACUUUGUCCUUGAAAACAUCACUCGUUUCGUUUCCACACACGUUUAUUUGCCAACUAUCUGCAUUACUUGGGUAAAAAAUAAAUGCAGGUGAAAUUAUUCAAGUGUGAAACUCGUGUAGGUGUUGAAAUAAUAACACAAGUUCUAGCAUUUUCCUCGCCAAUAGUAACAAACGAAAUGAAUAUAUUUACAAUUCUGAUCCUGUUGGAUGUUUUAUAUCAAGUAACUUCUCACUUAGCUGUGGUGACAAAUAAAAACAGCCCUUUAAAGAAUUCAGUGAUACUCAAUUUAGCACCGACAUCUACACAAACACCUGUAUAUUUUUCAAGCGUGCCUACAGUGACAAAACUUCAAUCAAAACCUCACUAUGGAAACAAUUCAAACUUAUUACAACCUCGUAACAUCGUAGAUAUUCUAAAAUCUCCUAUAGAACAAUUAUUAGACUAUUUGAUCGGAACCUUGUAUGUAAUUAACAAUAUAAUCAAGAACCAGCAAAGCUCCGCCACCCUUACUGGUCCCGAAAAACCACCAAGGGUCAUUUUUCCGAAAGCCAUCGAAAAACCUGUUGAAAAAAUCUUUCUUGCUCCAGUCAUAAAGAAAGAAAACCCUAUUCCCAAAAACAACAUCAAUAAGUCACCCAUUUUAACACCCAUCAAGCAAUCUCCCCCGCCUAAACCUAUUGUCAAGAAACCUAUCCAAUCCAUGACCAAGAAACCCAGUUUUCCACCUGACUCCACCAAUUUCAAAAAUAGCAUACUUUUCUCAUACCUCGGAGACUUGAUCGGUUUAGGAGAUUCUUCAUCCGAUCCUCUAAUAAAUGCCAAAAUUGCAGAUCGAAUACCAACUCAACAACCCGGAGUUACUGUAACUGUCGAAGGCAAAAAUAACAGUAUUUACAUUGAUAAUAUGCUCAGGUAUCCAAAUGAUGAAAUUUUCAAGAAUGAUCAUGAAGUUCGCAUACGAAUCCGGAGUGGAGAUUUUUACGUGAAUAAUAACUUAGUGUUGAAGAAAGGACGUUCCGAUCAUGAUCACGUUUUUUAUUCUACUCACGAAUUAAAACAUCGAGGAGUUUCUUACUUUGUUCUGAAGAUCUAUUCCAAUGGUACAUUGCAGUACCAUGACAAUAAAGUAAAAGCCCAGAGUGUAAAUUAUUACACUCCUGUGCUGAGUUUGGGGUCCAACAAAUUCAAUUUCUUUUAAUUCGUUUAAUAAAUUCAAUAUUAUUGACUGUGAA